UGUGAGAGCGAGCGAACGAGCAGGCAUCCACUGCGUUGCUGUGGCAGUGGGACCCUGGGAGCAGGAGAGGUCCACUCAUCUACGAUCCUCGGCUCAAUACAGACAUAACUUUUCAAGGCAACUGACACGUCUUAAAGGAGAACAGGAGAAAGACAUCGGAAACCCCGAGAGGCAACCAUAGUGAACCUGGACAGGGACAAGAAAAAGAGAGGCCACAGGACAUUAUAGAGUCCGCUGUUGCUGCUGCUGUACUCAGAGACAGUCUCUCUAUCAGAAUCUUCUCCUGACCGUGGUUCUACCAGAGAGACAGAAGCAGAGAGGCUGUGUGUCCAGAGCUCUCCAGUACAGUCUCUGGAGCUCUAUCCUGCUACCAUGGCCCUUGAGUGCACUGCGUCCCAUUGGUGAGCGAGGGGCAUCAGAGGGCAGAAGACAUGUUGGGACAGAGGCCUGGGGACCGCACUGAAGCUUGCUGUAGUAACCAUGGAAAUGCUAUGGAGGACCUUGGCCUGCAUUGUUGUCAUCAUCGUCAUGGUUGCCACCGAGGUCGCAGAAAGUCAGACUGCUGAAAAGUUCACCCAGUCACAAGCUACGUUCCUGUCCAGCCUGGGCCAGUAUGAAAUUGUCAUCCCGGUUCGUGUGGGGCCGCAGGGCGAGACCCUGGACACAGAGGAUGGAGGUGCAGACAGCCCCAACCACCACCGGCGGAGCCACCGCAGUGCUGAGGACCAGCAACAGGACCUGUCCCAGCUGUACUACCAACUCUCCACCACCAAAACUAACUUCUUCCUCAACUUGACCCUGCAGGGGGGCCUGCUGUCCCACCAGUUCCGUGUGGAGUACUGGAGGAGGGGCCGUCUGGCCUGGAGCCACCCUUAUGCCCCCCAGUGUCUCUAUGUAGGCCACCUGCAGGGUCAGCCCCACUCCAGCAUGGUGGCUCUCAGCAACUGUAACGGCCUGCAGGGGGUGAUCGUGGCGGGUGGUGAAGAGUACCUCGUCGAGCCUCUGACCCCGGCCGAAAACCUCACUAGGGCGGAGAGGGGGAAGGGACGCCCCCAUGUGGUUUACAAGAGGUCAUCUCUUCGCCACCAGUACAUGGACCAGUCCUGUGGUGUCAUUGAUGAGAAGCCAGGUAAAGGCAUGGCCUGGUGGCAGAGGACUCUGAAGACUCCUCCCAAUCCCAUCAGCCGAAGCCAGCUGCCCCUGAAGAGGUCUGUGAGCAGAGAGCGCUACGUAGAAACACUGGUGGUGGCCGACAAGAUGAUGGUGGGGUACCACGGCCGCCGGGACAUCGAGCAGUACAUCCUGGCUGUCAUGAAUAUUGUUGCCAAACUGUUCCAGGAUUCUAGCCUGGGGAACGCAGUGAACAUCGUGGUGACCCGCCUCAUCCUGCUCAUGGAGGACCAGCCGACUCUAGAGAUCAACCACCAUGCAGGGAAGUCCCUGGACAGCUUCUGUAAGUGGCAGAAGUCCAUCCAGAACCGGAAUGGCAACGGGAACGCCAUCCCAGACAACGGCAUCGCUCACCACGACACUGCUGUGCUCAUCACCAGGUACGACAUCUGCAUCUACAAGAACAAGCCAUGUGGAACCCUAGGUCUAGCACCAGUGGGAGGGAUGUGUGAGCCAGAGAGGAGCUGCAGCAUCAACGAGGACAUUGGCCUGGCCACAGCCUUCACCAUCGCCCAUGAAAUAGGACACACGUUUGGGAUGAACCAUGACGGAGUUGGCAACGGCUGUGGCUCCCGUAGUCAGGAGACAGCCAAGCUGAUGGCUGCACACAUCACCAUGAAGACCAACCCUUUCGUCUGGUCCGCCUGCAGCCGAGACUACAUCACCAACUUCCUGGACUCAGGCAUGGGUUCCUGCCUCAACAACGUCCCCCCCAAGCAGGAUUUUUUGUACCCCACUACGGCCCCCGGCCAGGCCUACGAUGCAGAUGAGCAGUGCCGCUUCCAAUAUGGAGUGAAGUCUCGGCAGUGUAAAUAUGGGGAAGUCUGCAGUGAGCUGUGGUGCAUGAGCAAGAGCAACCGCUGCAUCACCAGCAGCAUACCCGCCGCCGAAGGAACCAUCUGUCAAACCAAUACCAUAGAGAAAGGGUGGUGCUAUAAGAGAGUGUGUGUGGUUUACGGGACGAGGCCAGAGGGGGUGGACGGCGGCUGGGGUCUCUGGACUCCCUGGGAAGAGUGCAGCCGUACCUGUGGGGGAGGAGUGUCCUCUUCCAUCCGCCAUUGUGACAGCCCAAGGCCAACCAUUGGUGGAAAGUAUUGUCUGGGAGAGAGGAAGCGCUUCAGAUCGUGCAAUAUUGAUGAGUGCCCUGCAGGCUCUCAGGAUUUCCGGGAGAUUCAGUGCUCCGACUUCGACAACGUUACUUUCCGGGGGAAAUUCUACACCUGGAAACCCUACAGGGGAGGUGGAGUGAAGUUCUGCUCUCUGAACUGCCUGGCGGAGGGAUAUAACUUCUACACAGAGCGUGCUCCGGCUGUGGUGGACGGGACGCCAUGUCGGGACGACUCUCUGGAUGUCUGUGUGAACGGAGAGUGCAAGCACGUGGGCUGUGACCGGAUCCUGAGCUCGGACGUGCGCGAGGACCGCUGCCGGAUGUGCGGGGGUGACGGGAGCAGCUGUGAGGCCAUCGAGGGCCUCUUCAAUGACUCCCUGCCUGAAGGAGGUUAUGAAGAGGUGGUCAGAAUCCCCAAAGGAUCCGUGUUCAUUCAUAUCCAGGAGCUCAACGUCUCCCUCAACUUCCUAGUGCUGAAGAGUAAAGGAGAACAGUUCUUCAUCAAUGGGAAGCUGACCAUCGACACCCCUCGUAGGUUCGACAUCGCAGGGACCACCUUCCACUACCGCCGGCCCACUGACCAACCUGAGACCCUGGAGGCCCUGGGGCCCACCAACAUGACCAUCAUCGUCAUGGUACUGGUGAGGGAAGAGAACCCAGGGAUCCACUACCGCUUCAACCCUCCAGUCAGCAGAAACCUUUUGAGUGGAUAUGCCUGGCACUACACAUCCUGGUCCCGCUGCUCUGCACUCUGCGCUGGGGGUGGUCAGACCCAGCAGGUCGUGUGUAAGAAGCAGACGGAUCACACCGUGGUCUACAACCACUUCUGUGACAAGAAGAGCAAACCCAAAGAGAAGAAGCGAGCCUGCAACUCUGAGCCAUGCUCCCCAAGCUGGUGGUCUGGGGUGUGGUCUGAGUGCAGUCGCAGCUGUAACGGGGGCUUGAGGACCAGAGAGGUGUUGUGUAAGAGGAAGAUCUCUCCUACAGAGGAGAAGGUCCAGGACGACAGUGCCUGUACUCCUCCACGACCAGCUCUCACUGAACCCUGCAGCAACCACACCUGCCCCCCCGAGUGGCUGGCCCUGGACUGGUCAGAGUGUAAUCCCAGUUGUGGUCCAGGGUUCAGGCACCGUGUCCUUCUGUGUAAGCGUGGGGAGAGUGGAGACACACUGCCAGAGUCCCAGUGUCCCAAGCAUGGGCGUCCCACCACCAGGGUGCGCUGUAACCUGCAGCGCUGCCCACCACCCAUGUGGGUCACAGGGCCCUGGGGAGAGUGCUCGGCCAGGUGUGGUCUGGGUCAGGAGAAGCGCUCUGUGCAGUGUCUCGCACAAACCGGCCAGCCGUCCAAUGAGUGUCCAGACCUCCAGCGCCCGGCAGCCAUGCAACAGUGCAAGAGCAAAUGUGACCUCAGUAGCCUACCCAUGGACAUCCCCGAGGGUGACCCUGAAGAGUGCAAAGAUGUGAACACAGUGGCGUACUGCCCCCUGGUGCUCAGGUUUAAGUUCUGCAGCCGCCCCUACUUCAGACAGAUGUGCUGUAAGACCUGCCAAGGACACUGACCCCUGAACCAGACCGAGAGCCAGACCAGGAGGCAUCCCCAGCGGACCCAGACCAGACCAGGAGCCACUCCUAGCGGGCCCAGACCAGACCAGGAGCCACCCCUAGCGGGCCCAGACCAGACCAGGAGCCACCCCUAGCGGGCCCAGACCAGACCCACUGAGCUGCACAUUCCACAGGGGGGAGGGACGGCCCAGCCAACGAACCGCAGAGCAGCCUGCCUGACAUCCGUGGACAGAGAAGUAGAUGGCGGGAGGGUGAGAGAGAGAGAGAACUGUACUUUUAUCCCGCACUCUGAAAGUGCCCUAUCUUAUACCAGCUUUGGGGGCACUGCUGUGAAGACCAGAUGAGCUGCUGGGAUAUCUCUCUGUUGCUAUGUACAUACACUAUAUAUACAAAAGUAUGUGGACACCCCUUCAAAUUAGUGGAUUUGGCUAUUUCAGCCACACCUGUUGUUGACAGGUGUAUAAAAUCGAGCAAACAGCCAUGCAAUCUCCAUAGACAAACAUCAGCAGUAAAAUAGUCUUACUGAAGAGCUCACAGUCAUAGGAUGCCACAUUUCCAACAAUUCAGUUAGUCAGAUUUCUGCCCAGCAAUAGCUGCCCCGGUCAACUGUAAGUGCUUUUAUUGUGACGUGGAAAUGUCUAGGAGCAACAAAGGCUCAGCCGUGAAGUAGUAGGCCACACAAGCUCACAGAACAGGACCACCAAGUGCUGAAGCGCAU